UUAACCGUCGCUCUAGAGUUACGCUUAUGAUGUGCGUCGAGAACUCGCGCUAAUGUUUAUUAAUUUUUGUAUUUAAAUAUGAUACAACCGUGUAUAACUAAGUUAAUGUCAUAAUAAUUUAACGAAAGUGGUAAUGUUAAUAAUGUCAUAACAGUGAAGUUUAAAUUAAGGAGACAUUCCUUACGUGAGUGAAGUAUGAAAGUUUCUGCAGCGCCAACAUGGGCCCAAACCGGUUGCUUUCACCAUUUAUUUGCCUGCUGAUUAGUACAGUUCUUCAGUACGUGUUGAGCGAGAAUGACCAAUACGAUGCGCGUGAAGGCGAAGAUAUCACAAUGCAGUGUCGGUUCGCGCUGGACCCCGUACCCAGAGAGUCGAUCACCUACUAUUGGGUGCGGAACACCUUUAACGAUCUCGAUAACGUUGCUAUCGGCGACGUACCCUUAGAGACUAAUUACCAGAUAAUGUACGCGCCAUCAGAAGGUCGAUUCGAUUUGAAAAUAACAAACGUAACUUAUGAGCGGGACAACGGACAGUUCGAGUGUCGGGUGAAAGCCGGUGGGUCGGGACGCACCAUGCACUCGCAAGGAUACAACCUCGUGGUACUCACUCAACCACAACCUCCAGUACUGAACACUGGCCCUCAGGCUCAAGCACAGGAAGGCAGGCAGCUCAACCUGACGUGUUCAAGUGUCGGAGGUUCCCCUAGUCCAAUUAUAAAGUGGUAUCGCGAUGGCUCUAACCGUGCACUAGAAGCUGAGAUGAUAGUCGGUAAAACACGCGUGGAGCCUACCGUGGCUGUACUCACACUCGAGCCAAGCCGUGAAGAUGACGGAGCAACCUUCCGGUGCGACGUGAAGAAUCGCGCCAUGCGUGAGGGGCAGCAGUUAGAAGCAACGGUGGAACUUAGCGUCAACUAUUUCCCGCGAGUUGAAAUCGGCCCUGAAAAUCCACUGCGAGUCGAAGUAGAUGGAACUGCGAACAUGGUUUGUAAAGUCGACGCGAAGCCUAAAGUGAGCGGUGUGAGAUGGACGAGAGAAGGAAAAUAUAUUUCAAAUUCAUUCAACCAUGUGAUUCAGAGAGUGACUGUGCAGGACGCAGGUAAAUAUAUCUGUAGCGCCGACAAUGGGCUCGGCCAUCCCGGCGAAAAUGAAAUAUACUUGGAUGUCCUUUAUCCUCCUAAUGUCGUCGUGGAUUCCAAAACUUAUGAAGCAGAAGAAGGCGGUAACGUUGAAAUUAGGUGUGAAGUAUCAUCAAACCCUGAUCCUAUUUCCAUAGAAUGGACUAUGGAGGGUAGAAAUGAUUUUCGUCAAAAAGGAAAUACUUUAUUACUCACCAGAGUAAACGCCGAUAUGGCAGGAACUUACGUAUGUCGGGCUAUUAAUGUAGUUUCGACAAGCACCGGCAACAAAGUAGAAAGAGCUGGCAGUGCGUCCGUUGCUGUACUCGUAAGGCAUAAACCAGGUCAGUCAUAUAUAAGUCCCGAAAAUCCCGUAGCGCAGGAGGGCAUGGGAGUAACUUUAACUUGCAGUGCGAAACCCCCCGGCUGGCCAGUGCCACAGUAUCGCUGGUUCCGUGAAAUCGAAAUGGAAGUCGGUGACUUAAAGCCAGCGGUCCUCGCCACCGGCAAUAAGUACAUAAUACCGAGUGCACAUCUCGGUAGCGAGGGAGUGUACCAUUGUCAGGCAACUAAUGAACUCGGACACAGUGAACUCGCUACCGUUAAUCUUGAAGUACAUCAGCCUCCGCGGUUUCAAUCGAAAUUGCAACCGCAUAUGAUUAAAAACUCCGGCGAAAGAAACUUCUCAUUGACCUGUGUUGUUCUCGGCAAGCCUUUACCUAACGUGAAAUGGUAUAAAGAUAAUUCUGAAAUACGUCCUGAUGCUAAUUUGUACGAAGUUAAAACUGAGAUCAAUAAGAGCAGAAACGCCGUAUUUAACAUACAAAGUGUGCUCUGGUUCCACGGGAGAGCGAGACCAAAUGGAGAUGAUUUGCUGCCUGCUGAUCGGGGCGUAUAUUCGUGCUCUUUUGAAAAUGAAGUUAAGAAAGUCGAUUCCUCUAUGCAGCUACGAAUUGAACACGAACCGAUAUCCGUUAAGCAGCAAAAGAAAGUCGCCUACGAUUUGAUGGAAAAUGCUGAAAUUUCAUGCCGGGUACAAGCUUACCCGAAGCCCGAAUUCCAAUGGUUCUACGGAGCGACUCCUGCGCCGCUGCAGAUAACUUCUGACGGCCACUAUGAGAUCAUUACGACGACCGACGAAAACGAUUCCUAUUUAAGCGUGCUGAUGAUUCGAAGUGUCAGAGCUCGAGAUUACGGCGAUUAUUAUUGUAAAGUUAAAAAUUCAUUGGGAAAUAUUAAUCCCCAAAUUCGCUUACAACCCAAAGGCGCCCCGGAGCCACCUAAAAAUUUAGCAAGUCAGAAAGUUGAUGCAACAUAUGUAACAUUAAAAUGGGAGGAGGGUUUCAAUGGUGGGCUGACGAGCACGAAAUAUUUCGUAUGGUACCGCCGAGUACGAAACUCAGCUAAUGGUGCACACUGCAGCGCGAAACAAACUGACGCUUUUGACUGGAAAGAAUACGAAUGCGGUCGGUCUAAUCCAUGCAACGUGACUCAUCUCGACCAGCACAAUUCUUACUAUUUCAAGGUUAAGGCGGUUAACACAAAAGGGCAGAGCAAUUAUUCGAAUGAAAUUUCGGUGACGACUAAGGUGGAUAAGAUAAUACCUCCAGACACGGUUAACUAUAAUCCCAGCACGAGAAUGGUUCGCUUUACCGUAGCGGCGACCUGCCUACCACUUGUUGGGGUCAUUGAGAAACUAAUGGGUUCAGAUGGAUGGCAGGUAGUGGACACCAUGCCCCUGAGCCUGCCGGCCGCGGGCGCCACGGUGCAGGAGAAGCAGCUGGACCUGCCGGCGCCCAAGCGCGGCCGCGGCCUGGCCGAGCCCGCCUACGACGGCGACGUCCGCCUGCGCCUCAAGCUCUGCUUGCAAAACAACCAGAAUGUGUGCAGCGACAAUGUCGAUGCGCAAAUCGGUACAUCGUUCGCAGAAGAAGCAAUAACAUUGACAACAUCUACACUUGUCGCAAUAAUAAUCUCGAGCCUCGUUUUCCUGCUGUGCUUAAGUCUGUUGGUUAUAUUUUGUCGCUGCAAACGCAACGAAAAUAAAAAAGAAACUUCAAAAGACUACGAAAUGGAUUCCAUGCGAUCACCGAUGGGCUCCCCUCAGAAUCAAGCACCACCACCUUAUUAUCCCAGCACUGGUAUGGAAAAUAAGGCCCUGGAAAAUUCUAUGGAUAUACCACUCACGAUGGAUGACUCCAAGAACACUGUGUAUGCAACUCAAGGAGGCUACGGCUAUCACAUCGCUCCACAUACGCAAACACAUCCGGGACAAAAUAUGACGAAUUCAGAUUGGGUGAAUAUGGGGUACAUUGAAAAUAGCUACGCUAACAGCAACAAUGGAGGCAGCGUCAACUCGCAGGACUCGUUGUGGCAAAUGAAGAUGGCCGCGGCUAACAACCCGCCUGGAAUCUCUCCCCAUCAGAUGAUUGACCGGCAAAGCAAUUACGGAUACGAUCCCAUCGCACAUGGCGGCUACGGAACCAUCGACGACUACGCCUCUUACCCCCCUCUGCCCCACGGGACCCAACUACCUGCGCCAGAUUAUGGACUACGUAACUCUCAGAACCCCUCGAGACAGGACUACUGCUCCGAUCCCUAUGCCUCCGUUCACAAGCCCAAGAAACGCAUGGACCAACAUAUCGAGUCCCCGUACCACGAGGUGAGCGGGCUGCCGGACGGGUUCGCGGCGGACGACGCGGCGGGCGAGGACAAGCCGCCGCACCUGUCGCUCAGCUACGACGAGUCGCUCGAGUCCGGCUACUCCACGCCCAACUCGCGCGCGCGACGCGUCAUCCGCGAGAUCAUCGUCUAACGCACGCACACCUUAACACAUUGUAAAAUACUACUCGAUGCAUUUCUGUGAAAUCUGUUGAUUCUAAGAAUACUCUUAUCUGGUCCCGGGGACCUUUUGACUCGCGAAUCGAUCGGUCACGAAUUAUAAAUGCUCCUGCGAUUAUUAUGUUAACGAUUUAAUAAAUUAUAAACCACCGAACUAAUGUGGGUAGCUAAUGAUUACUACUUCUCCCUUUCAUCUCUUUGUAAAGGUGAAUUUUUCUAUUUGUUUUAUGGUUCUAUAAUGAGGAAUCCUUUCUUGACUAAGAAUACUCAUUUUGUCUCAGACUUGUGGGCAGAAUGUUAGUUAAUAAGAAAUAAGGGGCGCUGAAAUCUGAAAUCUCGGUCGCUGCGACCGGACGGUGAGGUGGCGCUGAGUAUGAGUAAGAUAAUUGAUUAAUGAGACUGUCUCCGAAUACUUCAUAUAACUGCGUGUAAAUACAUUUACGCAUUAGAUAAGUAAUAUGUUAGGAAUAUAUCUGAACAUUCAAAAUUUAUUUUUAGUUUCCUUGUAUUUAAAAAAAAGUAAUUUUUAUUUAUUUUUUAAUUAAUGAAAUAUCCCAUUUUUUUAUUUUUUUAACAUUUUCUCAUUUAGGGAAAGGCAAAAGCAUUCCAUAUACAACCAAUUACUUUUUAGAUAUCUAUAUUUUUUUCUCAUUCCGUGUACGAUUCUUUAUCAUGUUAUGCAUAAAGUGUAUAUUUUUUUUAAAUGGGAUAUGUAAGCCAUAAAAUUGUCUGGUAUGAACUACAUAACAUGAAAAAAUGUAUCUUUAAAAAACAAUAAAAUUGUAAUAUAUAGAUACUAAUGAAAUGUGUAUGCAUGUGUACUACUUUUUACUAAAUGGUAUCUUUAAAAAUAUGUUACUAUAAGUGUACAUGGAUUGACUUUAAGGUACCACAUACUGUGUUUUCGUAAAGAAUAUUAAUUCACAAUUAUAUUUAAAAUUAAAAUACAUGAUAAAUUACGAUGAAUACGAAUGAUAAACGACGAAAUUAAAAUAUCCUGCAUCUCAUAUGUUUUUAUACAUCGAUUGAUUUACGAAUUUAAUUUGACGUAUCUUUUUGGUCUGAAGCGAACUGGCUGUAUCUAUAGUCCAAACUGUACAGGGGUUAUCGAAUCGAGAACGUAUCGAGACCUUUGUAAAUUAGUAUUUGGCUCUCAGGAUUGAUAAAUAAAGAGUAUUAAAUUAUAUUGAAGAGUUAAAUACAAGCUCCCGUUGUCCUCCUACUAAGAUGUUUCGGUUGGAUUUAUUUUAUAAAUAUACCAGUAUGUCUUUCACAUACCUGAAAGUUUAUGCACCAGUUUUGUACUACACUGACCAAUGUUUUUCAAUAAUGUUCAUUUAAGGCAUCAUUUUUUAACAUGGGCAAAUAAUAUUCCAAAUAUAAAUGAGCAUAAUAGCUUUUUAUAUAUAAUAAUCAAAAGCUUCAAUCUAGUUGUUUUUGGUGGGAUCGUUCAGUUCAUUGAGGCAUCUCGCUUCAUUUACAAAUUGAUAUCAUUUGAAGAAUUGGUGCUCUGCAGAGAUGAAAUGUGUACUUACCAUAUAAUUAGAUUCUGGAUCGCAAUAGUAUUUUAAGAAUAAUAUUAUGUCUUUCUUUUAAUUUAGUUCUCUUUCUGUAGUGCCAUUUUUAGAGAAAUUUAUUCGUACAUAUUUAAUGUAUUUUUUUAUAUUAUAGUGUUCAUCUUAUGUACGAAAUAAUAUCUCUUUUUUAUUAUGUCUCGACAACAUAUUCGAUUAUAAAUAAUGCUUUGCAUAGUUAUCUUAAUAGCUUUACACGAUUUCUUAUAGUUAAGCAUUAAGGGUAGUUACUUAAAAUUAGUAUUAUUUUUUACAAAUCGUAUAUGUAAUUAUUAUAUUGUAAAUAGAAGCUUAAGCCUUUAUUCAGUUAAUAAAUUUUAAACAUUU